UGAAAUGAAAGUUCACUUCCUCAUUGUGGAUACCUCAUGUGACAAGACCGGUAUCUUUUUAAAGUCUAUUUAAGUGAAGUCUCUUUGCUGCCUUAAAACCCGUGGAGAGGGCUCGCCUCCCGGCUUUCUUAGUAUGGGAGCACCUGCCGGUUCUACCAUAAGAACAUGGCUGGCUUGGGCGCUGCUGGCGUGUUCCUAUGCGGCGGCGCCGGUAGACAGAGACCCCGCUCUGGAUCAUCACUGGAAUCUCUGGAAGAAAACCUAUGGCAAACAAUACAAGGAAAAGAAUGAGGAAGUAGCCCGGCGUCUUAUCUGGGAAAAGAAUCUAAAAUUUGUGACGCUUCACAAUCUGGAACACUCAAUGGGAAUGCAUUCAUAUGAUCUAGGUAUGAACCAUCUGGGAGACAUGACCAGUGAAGAAGUGAUAUCUUUGAUGAGUUCCCUGAGAGUUCCCAGCCAAUGGCCGAGAAAUGUCACUUACAAGUCAAACUCGAAUCAGAAAUUGCCUGAUUCUGUGGACUGGAGAGAGAAGGGGUGUGUUACUAAAGUGAAGUACCAGGGUGCUUGUGGUGCUUGUUGGGCUUUCAGUGCUGUGGGGGCCCUGGAAGCACAGCUGAAGCUGAAAACAGGAAAGCUGGUGUCUCUGAGUGCACAGAACCUGGUAGAUUGCUCAACUGAAAAAUAUGGGAAUAAAGGCUGCAAUGGUGGCUUCAUGACGGAGGCUUUCCAGUAUAUUAUCGAUAACAACGGCAUCGAUUCAGAAGCUUCCUAUCCCUACAAAGCCACGGAUGGAAAGUGCAGGUAUGACUCAAAAAAUCGAGCUGCCACAUGUUCAAAGUAUACUGAACUUCCCUCUGGCAGUGAAGAUGACUUGAAAGAAGCUGUGGCCAAUAAAGGACCUGUGUCUGUUGCUAUUGAUGCGAGACACUCUUCUUUCUUCCUGUACAGAAGUGGUGUCUACUAUGACCCAUCCUGUACUCAGAAUGUGAAUCAUGGUGUAUUAGUGGUUGGCUACGGUAACCUUAAUGGGAAAGACUACUGGCUUGUGAAAAACAGCUGGGGCCUCAACUUUGGUGACCAAGGAUAUAUUCGGAUGGCAAGAAACAGUGGAAAUCACUGUGGAAUUGCUAGUUAUCCCUCUUACCCAGAAAUCUAGAGGAUCUCUUCAUUUUAUAAUAAGUCCAAAAAAAUGAAACACUUUCUCUUAACUUAAUUUUACCUGCUAUAACCUGUAGAAAUAAGUAUGUCAUGACCAAUGUAUAUUCACUGUACUAAUAGAAUAUAUAGUUUGACUCUUCUAUUUUUUUAGCUUUGCAGAUAUUGGAAAAAUUUUGCUACAUAAAUUAAUGAUGCACUAUAGACAUAUCUGUGAGAACUGGCCAACCCAAGAAAUCUGUCAUGUUUAUUUUGUCACUGUCUUAUUUUACGUACUUUGUCUUUUUAAGUUCCCUAAUAUCCUUUUGUAACAUGAUGGCAUAUAAAUGCUUAAUAAAUAUCUUUUCAACUUUG